GUUCUUACAAAAGAUUCAGUUACUGUCGCUGUAGACGCUGUAGUUUAUUAUCGAAUAUAUAAUCCAGUUGUAGCUAUAACUAAUGUUGAAGAUGCUGAUCGAUCAACACGUUUAUUGGCAGCAACUACAUUAAGAAAUGUUUUGGGUACAAAAAAUCUUGCUGAAAUUCUUUCAGAACGUGAAUCUAUUUCAACAUCGAUGCAG